GUUCCUUCGCGGCCAAGGAUGUGAACACAGUUAGCCGCGCGGAGUCAGGGUUCUGGUUUGGCAGCGAGUUCUCUUUCAUCUCGGUGAAGCAGAGGAGGGAGGAAGAAUAGGAGUAGGCGGAGGACGCAGAGGUGCUCCGGUUUCAGCAGCCAUGGCGACGGCAUCAGCCGCUUUCAAAAGCAGGGAGGAUCAUAGGAAGCAGUUGGAGUUGGAGGAGGCUCGUAAAGCGGGUCUUGCUCCUGCCGAGCUCGAUGAGGAUGGAAAGGAAAUUAACCCUCAUAUUCCGCAGUAUAUGUCCUCUGCGCCUUGGUAUCUCAAUGCUGAGAGACCGAGUUUGAAACAUCAAAGGAAGUGGAAAUCGGAUCCAAACUACACCAAGGAUUGGUACGACCGCGGUAAGAAGGUCUUUCAGGCUGAUAAGUUCCGCAAAGGAGCUUGCACCAACUGUGGCGCCAUGACACAUGAGUCGAAAACUUGUAUGGACCGACCACGCAAGAUUGGUGCAAAGUUUACCAACAAAUUCAUUGCUCCAGAUGAGAAGAUCGAGAUGUUUGAGUUGGAUUAUGAUGGUAAGCGUGACAGGUGGAAUGGUUACGAUCCAUCCACCUACAGUCGAGUGAUUGAUACUUACGAAAUGCGGGAUGAGGCUAGACGCAAGUUUCAGAAGGAGCAGCAGCUGAAGCGGCUUCAGCAGAAGAAUAGCAAUCCUGAAGCUGACCAAGGCAAGGACAGUGAUGAUGAUGAAGAUGAAGACGAGGAUAAAGACGGAGGAGAAGUUGAUGAAGCGAAGGUUGAUGAGAGUCAGCAAAUGGACUUUGCUAAAGUUGAGAAGCGUGUGCGUACAACUGGAGGAGGUAGCACUGGAACCGUACGUAACUUGCGAAUUCGAGAAGAUACUGCAAAGUAUUUGCUCAAUUUAGAUGUUAACUCUGCGUACUACGACCCUAAAACUCGAUCCAUGCGUGAAGACCCACUUCCGGAUAGCGAUCCAAACGAAAAGUUCUAUGAGGGUGACAAUUAUAAUAGAAAUUCCGGCCAAUCGAAUGAAUUUAAGCAACUCAACAUUCACGCUUGGGAAGCUUUCGAGAAGGGCCAAGACAUUCAUCUCCAGGCUGCACCCUCACAAGCAGAGCUGUUAUACAGGGAUUUCAAGGUCAAGAAGGAUACACUGAAGACGCAGACUAAGCAAGAUAUCAUGAAUAAGUAUGGUGAUGCAGCGUCGGCGGACAGACCCCCCAUGGAAUUACUGCUUGGUCAAACCGAUAGGCAAGUGGAAUAUGAUCAGGCAGGCCGAAUCAUUAAGGGACAGGAGAAGGCUGUGCCUAAGAGCAAGUAUGAGGAGGAUGUCUUCAUCAACAAUCACACAACUGUGUGGGGUUCGUGGUGGAAAGACCAUCAAUGGGGAUACAAGUGUUGUAAACAGUUUACUAGAAACAGUUACUGCACAGGACAAGCUGGAAUUGAGGCUGCUGAGGCUUCUGCUGAGCUGAUGCGAGCUAACAUAGAACGGAAGGAAGCAAUCCAAGAGAAACCUGCUGAAAAUGUGGAAAAGAAUCUAGCUAGUUGGGGUUCAGAAGUACCUGAUGAUUUGGUCCUUGAUAAGAAGAAGCUGAAGGAAGCCUUGAAGAAGGAGGAUGAGAGGUUACGCGAAGAAAAAGAUGAUAGGAAGCGCAAGUACAAUGUAACUUAUAGCAAUGAUGUCACACAAGAGGAAAUGGAAGCCUACAGGAUGAAGAAGGUUCACCAUGACGACCCGAUGAAAGAUUUCCUCUAGGAACGAACGCAUAUUGGGUGAAGAUGUACUCGGCUAAACUUGCUUGUGCCCUUUCAGAUUGGACUAGUUUUGCAUAAUUGCUGAUCAUUCUUCAUUGUAUAGUCUAGUCUUUUGACGAGGUUAAUGAAAAUGGACGGCUAAUUGCUGUGCCACCCAUGUACCAUAUUUACUUCAAGAUAUUGCUUCUUGCCCUCUUGGUUUUUGAUACCACAAA